CUGAUUGGCGGGAUGAGUAAAAAGAGUUUUAAUGGCGGAGUGUUGUAUUGCGGCGCUGAAAUAAUGUGCUCUGUUUUAUUAAUUCUGAAAUAAAUGUUAGUUUUAUUUUUCUGUCUUAUGAGGGACGUUCUGUCUCUAAAAUGGCCACGUUAGUUCUGGAUAACGGAGCUUAUACGGCGAAAAUAGGAUACAGUCAGGAGAAAGUCAGCGUCAUCCCAAACUGCCAGUUUCGCUCCAAGACGUCCAGAUUAAAAACCUUCACUGCCAAUCAGCUCGAUGAGAUCAAAGAUCCCUCAGGUCUCUUCUACAUUCUCCCCUUCCAGAAGGGUUAUCUGGUCAACUGGGACGUCCAGAGGAAAGUGUGGGAUCAUCUGUUUGGAAAAGAAAUGUUCAAGGUGGAGUUUGCAGACACCAGCGUCAUCAUCACGGAGCCGUACUUCAACUUCACCUCCAUCCAGGAGUCCAUGAACGAGAUCCUGUUCGAGGAGUACCAGUUCCAGUCGGCUCUCAGGACGAACGCCGGGUUUCUCGCCGCUCAUCACUACUUCCACACCAAACCCUCAGAGCUCUGCUGUCUGGUGGUCGACAGCGGAUUCUCCUUCACCCACAUCGUCCCCUACUGUCGCAGCAAGAAAAUGAAGGAAGGCAUCCGCAGGAUCAAUGUGGGAGGGAAACUACUGACCAAUCACCUGAAGGAGAUCAUUUCUUAUCGUCAGUUACACGUCAUGGAUGAAACUCAUGUGAUCAACCAGGUGAAAGAGGACGUCUGCUACGUCUCUCAGCACUUCUACAAGGACAUGGAGGUCGCACAGAUGAAGGGGGAGGAGAACUCUGUGAUGAGGGAUUAUGUUCUUCCAGAUUUCAGCUCCAUUAAAAAAGGUUUCUGCAAGCCUCGAGAGGAGAUGGUCUUCAAUGGAAAGUAUAAGACAGGAGAGCAGAUCCUGAGGUUGGCCAACGAGCGCUUCGCCGUUCCUGAGAUGCUCUUCCACCCGUCAGACAUCGGCAUCCAGGAGAUGGGGAUCCCCGAGGCCAUCGUCCACUCCAUCCAGUCGCUGCCUGACGAGAUGCAGCCUCACUUCUACCAGAGCAUCGUCCUGACUGGAGGGAACACUCUGUUUCCAGGCUUCAGAGAGCGACUGGAGGCCGAGCUGCGCUCGCUCGUCCCGGCUCACCUCCCCGUCUCCGUCCUGCUGCCUGCGAAUCCGAUCUGUUACUCGUGGGAAGGAGGGAAGCUGCUGGCUCACAACCCGGACUACGACGAGAUGGUGGUGACGAGAGAGGACUACGAGGAGAACGGACACUGUAUCUGUGAAGAGAAGUUUGACAUUUGACCUCUGCCUUUUCAUCAGAGUCACACAUGACUGAAUGAUGCUCUGAUAAACAGCAGCUGCAUCUCAGAUCCAAACAAGGGAAAAUGAAACCUUGAAAUGUUUUUUCUCUCAGUGAGUCACGAUGUUUCUUUUUGUACAUGUGAUGUUUUUUUAAGACCAGUACAUCAUGAGUUUGACUUGAUGUGUUAAAAUACUGUGGAGCUGCAACUAAUGAUUAUUUUCAUUAUCAAUCAGUCUGCUGUUUAUUAAUUAGUUACUCUGUGAAAAGAUCCAAAUAUUCAGUUUAUCCUGAUACAUGAGAAAGAAAAGAAGAAAAUGGUUGAAAUCUGUAAAUAUCUUAUUUGUUUCAAUGACUGAAACAUCAGUGAUUUAUUCACCUGCUAA